AUGUCUGAAGCCAGGCCGGAGAAACGUGCUAUCUUUUCUGGCUUAUCAGAUGUGCUAAGUCCUCCCUUCCCCAUUUACCCACCUCGGCCAUACAUGAUAACUUGUCGAAUUUCCACUUCGUUUGGUCUCUGGAUCCGUCGCACUCGGGCAAUCGCCAUUCUCCAAAGAAGCGGCUUUCUCAACGCCUUGAUAGGACCCAGUACUGGAGCCCGGAAGUGUGCAUCCUAUACUUUGGAAAUAGUCUUUAAUCAUAAAACUUUUUCCCGGUCCGCUGGACUUUUGCUCUUUAAGGCACUGUUUUUCUCUCUCUUAAUCGGCUAG